AUGGUUUUCUUCAGCUGGUCACAUAUUUUGCCCUGGUCUGUGGCUCUGCAUAAGCCUUUCAUUGCGGAUCGAAAGGAAGCUGACCAUAUUCACAUGUGCAAACUGUUUGACAGCUCUCAUCUGUCAAAUAUGAUCUGUUGGUUCACGUCAUCUAAUCUUUUGUCCCAGAAAAUCAAAGCUUUCCAGCAUCUUCCUACUUAUCGCGACUUUGGUACGAUGUCUGCUGCUACACUCAGUGGGAAAGAAGUAUCGGCGGAAAUCCGAUCAACGUUAAAAGAGGAGAUAGAAAAAAUUAAUGAGACCAACCCUAAGUUUUUGCCAGGCCUUGCGAUUGUUCAGGUUGGUGAUAGAGAAGAUUCCAAUGUCUAUAUUAAGAUGAAAGUCAAGAAUUCUGGUGAGAUUGGUAUGAAUGCACAGCAUAUCAAAUUGCCUAAAUCAACUACACAAAAUGAAGUUGUGGAGACAGUAAUUAAAUUGAACAAUGACCCAACUGUGCAUGGAAUCAUUGUGCAGUUGCCAAUGGAAUCAGAACAUGAAAUUGAUGCCCAUGUUGUUACUAACACCAUUUCUCCUGCAAAAGAUGUUGAUGGCCUUCACAUUCAGAAUGCAGGAAAGUUGGCUCUUGGUGAUUUGAAUGACUGCAUUGUUCCUUGUACACCUCGUGGCUGUUUGGAAUUGAUCAAAAGAUCUGGUGUCUCAAUUGCUGGAAAGACUGCUGUUGUUUUAGGCCGUAGUAAAAUUGUGGGUGCUCCUAUGUCCAAUCUUUUACUGUGGAACCAUGCAACUGUCACAGUGUGUCACUCAAAAACAGUUGACCUUCCUUCUGUGGUGAAAACUGCUGAUAUUUUGGUGGUAGCCAUUGGAAAGCCAGAAUUUGUCAAAGGUGACUGGAUAAAACCUGGUGCUGUGGUCAUUGAUUGUGGCAUCAAUUCAAUACCAGAUGAGACCAAGAAGAGUGGAAAGAGACUGGUUGGUGAUGUUGAUUAUCAAGCUGCAAAAGAAGUGGCCGGUUGGAUAACGCCAGUACCUGGAGGGGUUGGGCCAAUGACAGUGGCAAUGUUGUUACAGAACACUGUAGAGAGUGCUAAGAAUAACCUCAAACAAGCCGUUUGA